CGCUGUUAAAAGAGUUGUCUCGCGACGCGGUGCUGCCGUUGCCCGACUCGUCGUCGCCGCCGGCGUCGCCGUCGUCGUCCUCCUCCUCCUCCUCCUCCUCCUCCUCCUCCUCUUCCUCUUCCUCCUCCUCCUCCUCGUCGUCGUCCUUCUCCUCUUCCUCCUGGUCGUCCUCGCUGCUGCUACCGCCGCCACCGCCGCUUCAUCCGCCUCUGCCUCCGCCGCCGCCGCCGCCGCUCCCGCCGCCGCCGAGGAGGCAAAGGCCACUGUGGUGGUGCCUCGGUAUGGAGAUCGAGGCGAAGCAGAGGAAUCAAAGGAAUCGGAGACGAGAACGAGCCCUGCGUAUGCUGGCGCAAAGGGAAAACCUCGUUAAUGCCAAGCAGCAACAACAACAACAACAGCAGCAGCAACAACAACAACAACAGCAGCAGCAGCAACAAUCAAAUCAACAGCAGAAUCAACAACAACACAGCCACCAACAACAACAACAACAACAACAACAACAACUGCAACAACAACAGAAUCAACAAAGUCAACAGCAAACGAUUAGACAGAGACCACCCAACGACGAAGAAGAUAGUCAUAGUGGCGAGGACGAGGAUAAUCAUCCAGCCGGUGGCGGUGGUGGUGGUGGUGGUGGUGGUGGAGGAGGUGGAGGUGGUGUUGGUGGUGUUGGUGGUGUUGGUGGUGUCGGUGGUGGUGUCGGUGGUGUUGUUGGUGGUGCUAGUGCCGGUACUGGUACUGGUGGUCCACUUGGAUUAUCUGGACUUGGUGGACUAUCCAGGAACGCGCAUUCUCGCGACGGUGGACACUCGAGGCCACCGAGGCCACCUCGACCUCCCAGACCUAGGAAGAAGUCUUCCCUAGCCGCUGCCGCAGCCGCCGCGGCAGCGGCCACCAAUAAUCAGAAGGAACCUCCCUUCGAGGAAGACAUCAUCGACGGAUUCGCCAUCCUCGCCUUCCGCACCUACGAGGAACUCGAGAGUGCAAUAAAGCUAGCUGGUAAAAAUAAUGUAAAGAAGCUGCAUACGUUGCUGUCAAUAGUGGAUGAAAAACCAAAGCUGGAUACUGGACAAAAUAAUAGGCACAACGAGCACCAUAUCAAAAAUCAUUUCAAGCACAACCACUAUACACAUAAUUCCAUAUUGACACCAUCGACGCUCAAUCAGGGUCUAGAUGCAGGUACAAGCGACGAUAGUGGUAGAGCGUCUGAACAAUUGCAUGGCCCUGGUAUACCUAGGGAUUGCCAGGACGCAGACAGUUCCAGGGACCAUCUCAGCGAUGCUAGCAGUCAUUGCAGUUCGGGUAAAGGUUAUAUCUGUGAUAGUGAAGGAGAAGACGAUAAGGGCUCGGAUGCAGAGUCGAUACUCUUUGAAUCUUCUACCCCACCACCCCUUGCACGUAAAUACGAGCUGCCAUCUUCUUCGCCGCACGUGUUGCCUCCAGCGAACGGAGCAGGCGGAUCUCCUCCGGACACGGGUGGACAAAUUUCCAAUCCUGCAACGGAUGCACCGGCGCCUAUACCACCUCCAGUGCCAGCAUCUGCACCAGUUCCAACCGCACCGAGCCCUCCUAGCCCAACAUUACCCCCACACAUAUCCCAACCACCGAUGACUAGUCCAUUGGCAGCCAAUCCUCGUGCAAUAGCUCCGCAACAACGACCAGCUUCGCCUGCUCUGCCGCCGCCUUCCUUAUCCCAGCAACCUCAUACUACGAUACCUGCAUUGCAUCCACCUAAUGUGCCCCUCGUUUCAUCGAGCCAUACUACUAGUCCGGCGGUAGCUAAUUUAGGUGUUGCUCCAGCGGCACCAUCAAACGGUGCUGCUACCACGAGCUAUCCACCACCAAUACCCAUGGCCGCCUAUCCUCAAACACAACCGUCGUAUCCACCGCUUUAUACGCCGUACACAGCUCUAAAUCAUAGUCCGUAUCUCCCACCUGCGGUACCAUCUCCUUCCCAUUCCGCUUCUUCGCGUACAGAUGUGAGAGGAAGUAGAGCCUCCCCUUGUACUAACAUAAGUAAGCAGACUAUAGGUAAUAACAUCACGAGUCAUAAUAAUACUCCUCUUAGUGCGGCUACUACAACAUGCGUGUCCACCAUAACUAAUACAGUUACCACGGCGAAUACCAUUGCUCACAGAGAUAUGGUGGCCUGUAGUUUGUCUGGAAGAAAUAAUAAUAAUAAUUCUCCGCGUGGACAUAGUCCUAGUCGAGAAAGAGACAGUUACAGUAGCAACGUGAGUAGCCUAAGUAGAGGCAGCAUCACACCUGUAAGUGUGCCAAACACGUCCUCACCAGCUAAUUCUAGUCUACCUGCUUACACCAAACCACAGGGAUGGAUUGGUAGCAGCACAACCUCGCAGCUCUCUCCAGCAACAGCAACGUCAGUACCAAGGCCAACUCCUCCACCUGUACCACCACUCGGAAUUCAUACAUUUCCACCGCCGAUGUUUGCAGCUCCUUUACCACCACCUGUUUCUAGUUCCAGUCCUCAUACUUCACUCCCUUCACUUCCUCCACCUACGACCAAUCCCAAUCCGUUCUCAGCAGAAUCACUUUUUCAAACAAGGGUGACUCACGUUGCAGGUCAGGCAGACCUGUUAAGAAGAGAGCUCGACAAUAGAUUUUUGGCAUCUCAGGAUAGAAAUGUCAGUGUUGGAGUUGGAAAUUUGGGUCCACCGCCUUAUCUUAGAACGGAAAUGCAUCAUCAUCAGCAUCAGCAUACGCACGUGCAUCAGCAUACAACGCCUUUACUUCCACCGGCAGCGGCCACGACGUUAUUUCCACCUCCUAUCUUCAAAGAUAUACCAAAACUUGGCGGAGUGGAGUCUCCCUUUUUUCGAGGUAAUUUAAACUUGUCUGGAUAUUCCGGAUUCAACACGGGAAUACUUCAUCCUGGGAUUGGUCCUCCUUCGACACCUUUUGUACCUCCCAAUCAUUUAACAUCAUUUGCACCAAAGGUAAAAAAGAAGAGCGGAAAAUGGAAUGCAAUGCAUGUACGCAUCGCAUGGGAAAUUUAUCAUUACCAACAAAAGCAACAAGCCGAAGCAAAAGCUGGAAGUGUUGUUAACACGAAAACUGAAUUGCUAAGACCCCCAAGCCAUCUUUAUCCAGGAGGACCCGCAAGUGGUUUGGGAAUAACAGCUCCUCCUAUGGCACCUCCAUUCCCAACUAAUAUGCCACCUGCUCAUCCUGCACCACCUCCACCUCAUCCCGUUGGCUUCCUAUCCACGCCAACUUCUCAUUUAGGAACUGGAAUGUCACCAUUUGGAAGAUAUCCUUCGACGUUUGGAACACCAAAUCCAAACUUUCCAGGUCUAUCAAGUUUUCCCCCGGCGAGAGAAAUGCCACCAUUAAGUGGCUUGAGUUCUGUACAUGAUCCAUGGAGAGGAUUGCAACGCGCAUCCACUGGUUUUCCACCUACCACUGUGUCAUGGGGGUUGAAACCAGAGCCACCAACGAUCGACAGACGAGCUGAACUCGAAGAACGUGAACGUGAACGCGAACGUGAACGAGAACGUGAGAGAGAACGUGAACGUGAACGUGAACGUGAACGUGAACGCGUUCGACGUGAGAGAGAACGAGAAAGGGAGGAACAACGUGAAAGAGAAAGACGUGAACGCGAAAAGGAAGAGAAGAGGAAGCAGCAGGAAGCUGCAGAACGUGAAAGAGAAAGACGAGAUAAGGAGCGUCGUGAAAUGGAGAGGCGUGAGAUGGAAAGAGAAAGAUUGCUUCAUCAAAAUCGACAACACGUGCUUGUAGGAAGGGAACGUUCGCCGUUAAGAAACGGUUCGGCGCCGUUAGACGCCGGAGAGGUUCGUGUUAAGGAAGAACCACGUAGCAAAGACGACGAAGUAGUUAUGCUUCCAAGGCCAUCAGGUCCUGGUCCAGGUGGUACAUCGGGUACAACAGGCCCUGGAUCAAAUCCAUUAUCUGAUCCAAGAUACCAUCACCCACAUCCACACGCUUAUCUAACGAGGCAUCCGCACAGUAUGCCCGCACCACAUUCUAUGCCACGAAGUAUGCUUCCAGGCUUAGGUGCUCAUCCGAUGCAACAUUUUCCACCACCGUCUGCGCCUACAGGUCAACCAGGUGGUCCUUGGCCGGCGGAUCCCUUUAGGGAUUACAGAUACGAUCCUCUUCAACAAUUACGUUAUAAUCCUCUAAUGGCUGCUGCUGCCUUUAGAGCGGAAGAAGAAGAACGAGCAAAACUUUACGCAGGAUAUCCACCGGCUCCAGUAAAUACACUUAGAGGCAAAGAUCCUAGUCCUGGACCAUUAAGCAAUUUACAUAUACACCAUAGAGCCGGUCCUGGUCCAGGUGUACCGGCGAGACAACUUGAGCCUGCAUUAAUGCAUGCAGAUAUUCAUAAAAAAGAGGACGCAUCGCAAUCCCGAUGAUACAUCCUCCCCACGUCCUCAGCUUCUGCAAGUGAACGCACCGAUGGCUCCACGUUUUGAACAAUUCGAGUUACAGACACUCUCUUUCUCUCUCCUCCUUAAAUUCAUCGGUGCUGAUAUUUUGCUAAUGGAGAAGGGGCGUUUAUUAUUUAAUAUGGGAAAAGAAAGGAAACAAAAAGGAAAAAAAAAAAAUUGUAUAUAGAUUAUGUAAUUUAUAGUUAUCAAAGAGAGUACGAGAGAACGUGUGAGUAGAAUAUUAUUGACUUGAUAUGUAAGGACCGUACGAUUAAAUACGGUGCUGCUUUUUUUUUGCCCGUGUCUCAUCGUCGAAGAGAGAAGAAUGAUCGCGGACUUUAUUGACGGAUUAUGACGAAGGAUUUUUCGCAUCGAUUCAUUUCGAUUAAGCGAGACACGUUUGAUGAUGAUGGAAUCCAUGCUAAAAAAAGAAGAGAAAAAAAAUGUGAUUUCAGCGAUUUUGGGAAAUCUGACUGUCUAUAGCGAUAUAAAUUUUAAUUAUUAUUAUUAUUAUUAU